GGCGGCUGGCUGGAGGGAGGCGGCGGGGUUAGUUUUCUCUCGGAACAUGGCGGGCGUCGGCGACGCGGCCGCCCCGGGAGAAGGCAGCCGCGGUGGCGCGGACGGCCCGGAGCGCGACGGUCGAGGCCAGGCGGAGCAGCCGGGCGGCGGCGGCGGUCACGGGCCCCCGCUGGCGCCUCAGCACACGGAGACGCUGGGCUUCUACGAGAGCGACCGGCGGCGGGAGCGGCGUCGCGGCCGCGCAGAGCUUUCAUUGUUGAGGUUCCUCAGUGCUGAACUUACAAGAGGGUACUUCCUGGAACACAAUGAGGCCAAGUAUACAGAAAGAAGAGAAAGAGUGUACACUUGUAUGCGAAUACCAAGAGAACUGGAAAAGCUCAUGGUCUUCGGCAUCUUUCUGUGCCUGGAUGCGUUUCUGUACGUGCUCACCCUGCUGCCCCUGAGGGUCUUCCUGGCUCUCUCCAGGCUCUUCGCUCUGCCUUGCUACGGCUUCAGGGACAGGCGCUUGCUGCAGCCGGCCCAGGUGUGUGACAUUUUAAAGGGCGUCAUCUUGGUCAUUUGCUAUUUCAUGAUGCACUACGUCGACUACUCCAUGAUGUACCACCUGAUCCGGGGGCAGUCGGUCAUCAAGCUCUACAUCAUCUACAACAUGCUCGAGGUGGCAGAUCGUCUGUUCUCAUCAUUUGGCCAAGAUAUAUUGGACGCCCUCUACUGGACCGCGACAGAGCCUAAGGAGAGGAAGAGAGCCCACAUCGGGGUGGUCCCUCACUUCCUCAUGGCCGUUCUCUACGUCUUUCUGCAUGCGAUUCUUAUAAUGGUGCAGGCGACGACCCUCAACGUGGCGUUCAACUCACACAACAAGUCACUGCUCACCAUCAUGAUGUCGAACAACUUUGUUGAAAUUAAAGGAAGUGUUUUCAAGAAGUUUGAGAAGAACAAUCUUUUUCAGAUGUCAAAUAGUGAUAUUAAAGAGCGAUUUACAAAUUACGUGCUUUUGCUAAUAGUCUGCCUAAGAAACAUGGAACAGUUUUCUUGGAAUCCAGAUCAUCUCUGGGUGUUAUUUCCAGAUGUCUGUAUGGUGAUUGCAUCAGAAAUCGCUGUGGAUAUUGUAAAGCAUGCUUUCAUCACCAAGUUCAAUGACAUUACUGCAGAUGUCUACAGUGAAUAUAGAGCCAGCCUUGCUUUUGACCUUGUGAGCAGUCGACAGAAAAAUGCGUACACCGACUACAGCGACUCCGUGGCGCGGAGGAUGGGGUUCAUCCCUCUCCCACUGGCCGUCCUGCUCAUCAGAGUUGUAACAAGCUCAAUUAAAGUACAAGGAAUCCUGUCUUAUGCCUGUGUCAUACUCUUCUAUUUUGGGUUGAUAUCCCUGAAAGUACUGAAUAGCAUCGUGCUGUUGGGGAAAUCCUGCCAGUAUGUGAAGGGGGCCAAAAUGGAGGAGAAGUUGUUCAGCCCUCCCCCCGCCAGCACCCCCAGCAAGCCGCCCAGUAAAUCACAGAGCAAGUGCAAGCCCUCUCCAGAAGAAAACCUGUCUGCCUCGGUCACCAGCCAGCCCAGCCAUCAGAAGGAGAAUGUCGUGCCAUUACUUGUGACAAGCAGUUCUGACCAGUUCCUGACAACUCCAGAUGGUGACGAGAAAGACAUAACGCAGGAGAACUCUGAACUGAAACACAGGUCCUCAAAGAAAGACCUCUUAGACAUAGACAGGUUCACGAUCUGCGGGAACCGAAUCGACUGAACUCCGCUGAGUCCGGGGCAGCCCGCUGUGCUGCCGGGCGGACGGAUGCGGAAAGUGGCACUUAAAUAUUUAUUUAAAAACUUAAAUUAUUAAUGGAAAGCAAAUCUUAAUAUCUUUCUUCCAGUGAUGCGGUCUGGUCGAAGGUCAGGUCCUGGAACAGCAGCAGCCUCCAGCCUUGACCUUUGAGGGGCCCCCUGCUUGGAGAAGCAGCAGGGUGGGUCACUCUGGCCCCAUGGGAACAACGUCAGAAUCACUCUGCUCCGACAGUCCGUGCUUCCAGAACACCGAACUUGGCCUCAGGGUCUCUCCAGCAGGAGGGCACACACCUGGGAAACUGUGACGCUUUCACCGUGACGUGAUCUGUCCCGGCUCAUACUGUCUGCACAAACUGUUUUCAAACUACUUCCUCUGCCAAAGCAUUUUAAAAAAAUUUGAACUUAAGUCAAGAUAAAUGUUCUCACCACAGAGUUAUCCUUGAAGAUAUAUCUGAAUUAUUCAGAAUAAAAGGCUACCUUAAAUAAGACAUGAUGAAUAGUAGCACUUUAUAGGGGGAAAAAAGCCCGAAGCCAGUUGGUCUGUUUAGAAAAAUGCUAAUUGAUGAAGGUUAUGCAUCACCGAGAAAAUGUUUCAUAAUUUUUCAGUUUACUCUAAAGCAAAAUGUGUCCUGUGUGGUGUUUAAUCGCAGUGGAUGAAAUAGAAAUUACCUUACAAAAAGGUACUUUUUAUACUGAAAAAGCGGAGCAGUGUUAAUGUCAAUGGGCAGCUAACUGGUCUUGCUCUAAAACUAGUUGCUUCGGCAGUUGUUACAGCUCAAAGGAUCUGGUGUCGACUAGGCUGCAGAACUGUCCGCGUAUGAAAUUCAAAGAUGCUGGCUGUUACUUGAGUUUCCUAGUAACAGGUUCAUACAUAGUAAACAGUGAACUGGGCCGAGCAGCACCGUCUGGCGUGGGCUUACCCAGCGUCAGUCCUUCGUGUGGAGUGGCUGCGGGGGUGCCAUGCCUGCCCCCCGGGGCGGUCUGUGCUCUGUAGGGCCCUGCGACUGUGGUGUGCCUGUGCGGGGGCAGGGCGGGCGCGUUUUGGGAGAAAGGAAAUGGGUGUUUGGGGUGUGUGGGUGGCUGAGGCGCUUGUGUAUGGAUGUUGGGAACAGCAACCAAAAGGUGCUUUUCGGUUUUGCUUGAGGUCAGGACUCCGUGUCUGCCUACUUCCUAGUUUGUGGCCUCUAUCAGAAGCACGUUACUUUCCACCACGUUUUAUCCUGAGAAGCCUUUCUGAAUCGUUGUGAACAUUUUCCAGCGUCCGAUGUCAAACGGGUGUCACUGUUAAUGGUCGUUCCCUGUAACGUUUUUGCCGGGAAGCUCGGCUGCUCUGCUGAUGUCGCGGCACAUGGAGAGGUCGGUACGCAGAGGUCAGUUUUAGGGGGUUUGUCUGUUUCCUGGGUGAAACCCAAACAGGCUGGAGUAAAGUUUUGUCUUGUUUAUUCAACAUACAAAAGUGAUUUUCUAAUGUUUUGCAUUAGCGAAAGAAAUCUGAAGAUUCAUGUUCACAUCGGGUAAAGGGAAAUAGUGCAGAAAUACUUUUGUUGACCAUGAAGCAUUUCAAGUGAAAAAUGAAAAGACUGUUAAUUGCUUUGCCUAUGUUUUAAUGAUGCCCCAAAUUAGGAAUUUUUUUCAUCUUCUCCACUAAAAGUGUCCAUGGUAAAUAGGAAUAGUUUGGGGGGAAACUUUGCCAAAUAUAGCCCUAACCAGAGCAGAAAUAUGAUGGUGGCGUAUCUUUCAAUUCAGCCUGAAUUACUCUGUUACUGUGCUGUCAAUUUCACGGGAGUUUCAUUUCCUUUGCAGAGGAUACUGGGAGUUUGGAACAAUGUUCAUUUCUGCUGUCAAAAUGGCAUUCAGUACUAAUUUUAUAAGUGCAUCUUGUGUGAAACUCAAUAAAUUCAAUUUUGUAAUCUU